CAUUUCUAGAUUGAUCCAUCAAAACAACUUCCUCUCGAUCUGUUCAAUUUCUAUAUUACCAAGAUCGAUUGUUCCACCAACUGGUGGUUGGCCGGGAUGACUUCCAUUCCACCUCAAGGUAUAAUUUCAUAUCCAUGAUUUCCUUUUCCUCUCCAACAAACUCCGAAAACCUAACACCACCACAGCUAGUCAUCAUCAACAAGUCUCCCAUCUCCCAAACCACCACCACCACCAUGAUCCAACCAACACUCCUCCAGCCGGCCGACCGCCGCCUCGCCGCCGCCGCCAUCGCCUCUAUCCUCCUCUUGGGAUCCGCCAGGCUCCUCUUCGACACCUUCAAAACCAUCCACAUCCACACCAAGUACCCCUCACCACCACCACCACCGCCCAUCUUCCUGUCCCCGGCCGACCGCCGCUCCUUCUCCCCGGCCAAAUGCAACCCCUUCCAAGGCCAAUGGCUAUGGAACGACGACACCAACGUGACGUCACCUUCCCCGCUGUACACGGAGGACAGCUGUCCCUACCUGGUGAAGCAGACCACCUGCCGCCGCAACGGGCGGCCGGACGGCGCGUACCAGAAGUGGCGGUGGAAGCCCGCGGGGUGCGAGCUGCCGCCGUUCGAGGCGGCGAAGAUGCUGGACGUGGUGAGGGGGAAGAGGGUGAUGUUCGUCGGCGACUCGGUGAUGCGGAGCCAGUUCGAGUCGAUGGUGUGCAUGGUCCAGGCGGCGGUUCCACGUGGCGCGAAGUCAUUCGACAGGGUGCCUCCGAGGAAGAUAUUUAGAGCCGGCGUGGAGUGGAACGUGACGCUGGAGUAUUAUUGGGCGCCGUUCAUCGUGGAGUCGAUCUCCGACCACGCCACCAACCACACGGUCCACAAGCGGCUGGUGAGCCUGGACGCCAUUGACAAGCAUGGCGCCACGUGGAAGGAAGCGGAUGUUUUGGUGUUCGAGAGUUACGUUUGGUGGAUGCACAAGCCCUUCAUCAACGCCACGUAUGGCUCGCCGGAGAACAUCAGGGAAUAUGAUGUGGCGACGGCAUACAAGGUGGCGAUGGAAACAUGGGCAAAUUGGUUGGAAGCGAACAUCAACCCUCGCCGCCAGUCCGUCUUCUUCAUGAGCAUGUCUCCUACCCAUCUUUGGAGCUGGGAAUGGAGACCGGGAAGCGACGGGAACUGCUUCAACGAGACGUACCCGGUCGAACCGGCGGGACGGCCGUACUGGGGAACCGGCUCGAAUCUCCAAAUCAUGAACAUAAUUGGGGACGUAAUAGGCCGACUCCGACAAGUUAAGGUCACGUUUCUGAACAUCACGCAGUUGUCGGAGUACAGGAAAGACGGCCACACCAUGGUGUAUGGGGAACGGAAAGGCAAGCUCCUCACCGGAGAACAGAGAUCCGACCCCAAGAAUUUUGCCGACUGCAUCCAUUGGUGCUUGCCCGGAGUUCCUGAUACAUGGAACCACAUUUUGUACGCCUAUUUGUUGCACAAUUAUCGUAGCUAAUUACUGGUAAAUUUACGUCGCGCGACAAAACGAGUUAUUUGAACAAAUUAGUUUUCCAAAAUGGUAAAAAGAGUUUUUGAACGAGAACUAUCGUGUUAGAAUAUCCUGAUGUCUACCAUCUUAAUUGUUGAUUUAUGCAUAUGAGUAAGAGAUGCAGACAUGUGCAAACUCUAGGGUUAUACAGCAUUGGCAUUUGUUUGAGGAGAUCUUACAUAUAUACAAUGGAAUAAUGUAAGAUUCAUUUUUUCCUAUCUCGAUCUCCGACAAUUCGUGAAUUUUAAUUGAGAUAAAAACAUUUCUAUUUAUAAUUUUGGAGUCAUUUUAAUAGUGUAGCUGAGCUUCAAUUUUCGGUAAAUAUGUCAAAUAGGAACGUUAAUGUUAGUGACUAGUUAUGUUCAUUAUUCUUUUGAUCAUCCGAAGGUUAUCUUUCGAGACACCUUACUCCUGUGGUAUUAUUCAUUCCAUUACGAAAAACAAGGCAAAUCUCUCUCUCUUGUAUACCAAUUUCCAACCAACUCGAUCAAUUAGUUUGAAGUAAUUCAAAAAAAAAAAGUUUAAAAAUACUU